AGAGGACGAAGGAGUGAAAGAUGGCGGCGCAGGAAUUUCCUACGCCGCUGCACGGGCACGCGUGUCGGGGCGCUUUCGGCGACGUGUACGAGCCCGCGGAAGACACGUUCCUGCUGCUGGACGCGCUCCAGGCGGCAGCAGCCGAUUUGGCUGGAGUGGAAAUUUGCCUUGAAGUUGGGUCAGGGUCUGGUGUGGUAUCUGCAUUUCUAGCCUCUAUGAUAGGACCUCAGGCUUUGUACAUGUGCACUGAUAUCAACCCUGAUGCAGCAGUUUGCACCCUGGAAACAGGACGCCGUAAUAAUGUCCAGAUUCAACCAGUAAUUACAGAUUUGGUUAAAGGCUUAUUACCAAGACUGAAGGAAAAAGUUGAUCUUCUGGUGUUCAAUCCCCCCUACGUUGUGACUCCACCUGAAGAGGUGGGAAGUCAUGGAAUAGCAGCAGCUUGGGCUGGUGGCAGAAAUGGCCGAGAAGUUAUGGACAGAUUCUUUCCACUAGCAUCAGACCUCCUUUCCCCAAGAGGAUUAUUCUAUUUAGUUACCAUAAAAGAAAACAAUCCAGAAGACAUUUUGAAAACAUUGAAGACAAAAGGCCUGCAAGGGACCACUGUACUUACCAGACAGGCAGGCCAAGAAAACCUUUCCAUCCUCAAAUUCACCAAGUCCUGAUAUAUCAAGAGCUACCAGAAGUAUGCUGAGAGAUACUGUGAACUGAAUGUAUUUUGAAACUGAAGUCAUUCCUUGGUUAAGAAAUCUUAUCAGAAAUUUGUCAUUAAAAAAAAAAAAAAAAAAAAAAGAGGUGGAAAGAUAGGGCAUUCUCUUUUACCAGGGAAUCAACUUUACAGAAGUAUUUAUACAUGUGCAGUUAAGUAUGUAUAUUUGUAAUUUGCAUUUUAUAUGUAAAGGUUAUAUUUAAUUACAUGUGAAUGUAUAUUCAUUUCAGCAUUGGUUCUACUAGCAAAACAGUGGAAUCAACCUAAAUGUCCAUCAGGAAGGUGAUUGGUUAAAAUAAAUUACAGUCUAUCUGUUUCACUGAACAUGCAACCAUGUAACAUGACUCAUGUCUAUAUAUACUAAACAGAAGAUGUCCAUGUUGUCCUAUUAGAAUGAGAAGAGCAAGCCAUAGAACAGCUUUAUCCUACCUGUAUAUGAAGAAACUACUUCUAUUUUGGGUUGGUAUUUGCAUUUUCACAAUAAUAAUGUUGGUUAAAAUUAUGAUAAACCAUAGCCAUUUCCCAAAAGGUUGCAGCUGGUGUAGCAGAUGUGGUUUUAUUGCUGGAGCAAAUUAACACAUUACUUGGUACCUGCUACACAAUGUUGAUCUGGAAAAUGCCUUAUUCACCAUACCUAUCCAUAAAAGCCCACCAGAGGUAGUUUGCUUUCAGCCAACAGGGCCAGCUAUACACCUUCACUGUCCUACCUUGGGUAUUAUCUACUCUCCAGCCUUAUGUCAUAAUUUAGUUUUCAGGGAUAUCAAUCACCUUCCCUAUCCACAAGAUACUAUACUAAUUGCAUUGAUGACAUGAUACUGACUGAACCAAGUGAUCAAGAAAUAGUAAAUGCAAUAGACUUACCAGUAAAAUAAGGUAGGAAAUCUAAAUACACUUCAGGGACCUUCCACCUCAGUGAAAUUAAUAGGAUCCAAUGGUUUGGGGCAUUUUAAAACAUCCCUUUUAAUGUGAGGGAUAAAUUGUUGCAUUAAAUGUGCCUACAACCAAUAAAGAGAUAUAACAUUUA